AUGAGAAUUGCUGGAGGAACAAUCUCUCCCGAUAAUGAAGAAGAUUCUUUGACUAUUGUCAAAGCCGUAACUAGUCAAACGGAACUAGUUCGUCAAGAUAAAACCUCCUCUAUUUCAUCCUUUGAUGUACUUUCAAAUGGUGAUUUCAUUAUUGCCUUAAAAUUUGGAUCAUUCCUUUUCAAGCUUAAAACAGAUGGAACUUGGGAAAGGUUUAUCGAUGUGAAAAUGCCAUCAUCUGUUUUGAUUAACAGUAAGGAUGAAAUACAUGUUGCCCAUGAAAUGUUUGUGAGUAAGGUUGUGGAUGGUAAAUUGGUGAGAAUUGUUGGUUCUGAUGCUACAACUACUUCUUAUUCCAACCCUUUGGAAACUCGAUUCGUUUCAAUUGAUUCUCUCUGUUUUGGUGAAACAGAAGAUGAAAUUUACUUUACCGAACCAACUCGUUUCGUAUGGAAAGUAAAAGGAAAUACUCUUACCAAGGUUGCAGGUGGCUUGGGUGAUGGACUUCCAGCAACAGAGGCCAAAAUUCAAGAAGUUUCCUCCUUCUUUGUCAGUGUUGAAGGCGAAAUGGUUAUUGCAGAUACACAAGAUCAUGUUAUUAGAAAAGUUUCAAAGGAGGGCAUCAUUUCUACUCUCUAUGGUAUUCCUGGAGUGUCUGGAUACAAUACAGAAAGUGACGCUUCAAAAACACUCUUCAAUCAACCUAAAGAUAUUCACUACACCAAUGAUGGUGACUUGUAUGUAUUUGAUUCGAAAAAUAACCUCAUUAGAAGAAUCUCAAAAGGAAUUAUCACGACAAUUGUUGGCUCGAAGUACAAUAUUUCAACCAUUGCUGGUGGAGAAACAUUAUUAUCACCUGAUGAAUUGCCAAUCGGAAGACCUCUAUCAAUGGAUUACUAUCAAAAUUAUCUAUUUGUUGUAGAUGGAAUGAGUGGUCUGAUAAAGAGGUUAUCUCUUAUUGAGGGUGAGCCUUCUAAGGUUGUUGAGGUUAUUGCUGGAGUUUCUGGUUUUGUUGGAUGGUUUGAAUCACAGAUGGCCACACAACAGAAAAUCUCUCCUCAUGCCUUGACUGUUUCCAAGAAGAGUGGGCAAGUUUACUUUGUGGAAACUUUUGGAAAUGAAAUUAAAAAGAUUGAUUCAAGUGGAAGGAUUGUUCUAGUGGCUUCUAAUAGUAGAAAUAAUGAGAGGUGUCAAGUUGAUUCAGAAACAACUGUAGAAAAUCCUGGUUUUUUACAAAUUCAAGAUCUUUUUCAUUCCAGUGAAGGAAGUGAGGAAUAUUUGUACGUUGUUGAAACACACAAUCAUUGGAUAAGGAAGAUUGAAUUAUCGAGUGGUAACAUUACAAUAGUUGCUGGAAAAUGUGGAAAGAGUGGAGAUGCUGAUGAUUCUGUUGUGGAAUCAAAUGAUCUCUUGACUAAUCCUAGUUCUGUUUUUGUAAAGUAUGAUUCAAAGAGUGGAAAGACAAUAGUUUACAUUACUGAUACCUAUAAUAUUAGAAAGGUUGAGAAUGGUAUUGUUACAAUCAUUGCUGGUAAGGGAGUAGAUCUUCCUGUUAUUGAUGGUUACAUCGCCACGAAUGUCAGUAUUGUACCUCACAAGAUCUUUGUCAACCACAAUAAUGAAAUCCUAUUCACAGAAUUGAGUUUUGAUGGUGUUAGGAAAAUAACAUCUGAAGGAAAGAUUUUCUCCAUUCCAAGUUCUAAAAUCACUCUUCCUUACUCAUUGAUUCAAUUCGAAAAUAGUGCUGAUAUUUAUGUAGCCAGUGUUCAAAGCAAUAUCAUCUUUAAGAUUGAUGGAAAUGGGCAAGUCACAAAUUCUUUUGGUAAUGGUGAAAAGUUCUACUUUGGUAAUGGUAAACCUGCCAUUCAAUCCCAAUCAACUCCUCAUCACAUUCAUGUAACGUCAAAGAAUGGAAGGGAUAUUGUUACCCUAGUCGACCACUUGGAAUAUCCUAAAAUUCGUACCAUUGCAAAUUCAAUCAUUACUCAUACAUUGGGAGUAAAAUCAGCCAUCUCCACUCACAAAUACCUAGAUGAUUUGCCUUUAAAUAAGGUUAAAUUGGAGAAUCACCCUAAUAUUAUGGCUCAAAGAGUUGGCAAUGAUGUUUAUUUCACACAGGAUGACACUAUUUAUAAAUUCUCAUCAGCCACUGGGAAGGUUAUUCGAGUUGCUGGAACCAGACAUCACUAUUAUGGAGAUGGCUCAUUAGCUACAAGUGCUCUCCUCUAUCAUCCAUUAUCAGUCUUUUAUUCCAAUCAAUUAGAAAUGGUAUUAAUUGCUGAUACCAAAAAUCAAAGAAUCAGAGCAAUCAAUAAGAAGGGCAUUAUUUCAACUCUUGUUGGAAUGGAUAGCUCUGCAAUUAUCAAUACGUUCAUUGAAGAACCACUGGCGAUCUUUGAAAGAAAUGGUUUAAUAUACUUUUCAACAGGAUCUGAAGUUAAAAAAGUGAAUAUUGAAGAAAAGAAAAUGGAAACUGUUUUAGGAAGUGGUGUUACAGGUGUGAGUGAUAUUAGAAAUAGAACAGCUACUGAUAUUCAAUUGGAUUUCCCAGAAGGUUUAUAUGUUACUGAAGAUGACAAACUCUAUGUAGCAGAUGCAAACAAUAAUAGAAUUUUGAAAGUAGUUGGUGACAUGGUUGAAAUUGUUACACAGGGAGCUGACUAUUUCAUUAGACCAUCAAGUAUUGCUGUAAAUUCAAAAGAAGAAAUUUAUAUGACAGACAUGUUGGACGGAAAAGUGAAAAGGAUUUCACCAAACGGAAAUAUCUCCACAGUAUUUGAAGUUUAUGGACCUCAACACUUGAUUCUUUCCAAAAGUGAUGAUAUUUAUGUAACACAUUUGCCUGGCUCUUUAAGCAAGUUUUCAGAAGGUAAAUUGACCCUUUUAGUUGGAAAUAUUACAGUUUCUGCCAAUGAUUUGAGUGACCCAACAAGGUUUCAUUUCACAUUCCUUAAUGGCUUGUCAUUUGGAGAAACAGAGCAAGACAUAUUAUUUACUGAACCUAAAAAGGGAUUAAUAAGAAAACUAUCGAAUGGAUUGGUCAAAACUAUUGGCGGUGGAAUAGGUGAUGGCUUACCAGCAAAUCAGGCACUAUUAUAUGAUCCUGGCUCUUUCAUAGUGACUCCUGAGGAUGAGAUUUUAAUUGCUGACUCUGGUCAUCAUGUUAUUAGAAAAGUUUCAAAAAAUGGUAUAAUGUCAACACUUUAUGGAAUUCCUGGGGUUCAUGGCUAUAACGAUGAAACAGAUGCAUCCAAAGCUUUGCUUAAUAGCCCAACUCAUAUGAGUCUUACGAAGAAUGGCGAUUUAUUCUUUGUGGAUCAGAGAAAUUUCAUUAUUAGAAAGAUUUCUAAAGGAAUUAUUUCAACAGUUAUUGGAAAACCUCAUCAACACUCAUUCAUCAGAGAAGGUUCAAAAGGAAAGGACACUUUAUUGUCAUACCCAGCUAGCAUCCUAGCUAAUGACCAAUAUGUUCUAUUUACGGAACACUCAAGUAGUGGAAUAUUCAAACUUUUGUGGAGAGAGGAGAAUGCCAUAGUGGAAAGAAUAGCAGGAUUUGAUUUUGGUUACAAUGGGGAUGGUGAUGCCAAACCAACAAGAUUAACCUUUUCUCGUUCCCUCUCCUUCUCAAGUGAUGGACUAUCUGUUUACUUUACUGACGACGAGAGUGAUAGAAUUAGAAUGUUGACUCCUUACUGCUCAAACAGUGAUUAUAAGGUUUCUGAUACAAUGCAAGCUUGUGUAUUGACUCCUAUAGUGAACCCCCUUCCUGUUUAUUCUCCACAAGUUCAAGCAAGCAGUGGGCACUCAUAUAUUCUGGCAUUGGUUUCAAUCUCAUUAAUUUCAUUCAGUGUAUUGUUAGUAACGCUGAUUGGAACCGUUUACCAUAUUCGAAAGAAUACCAAAAACUACCAUCAUACAUUGGAAAAUGGUGAAACUCCUCAAUCUAACUUCCAUUAA